AUGGCUACAGCACAUGCUGAGAUAGAUCAAGCGAGGAACGAAAAGCCUAAACAUCGAAUGUUAGCAGUAACUUUUGGUGAUUCUGCAUAUGAUGAGGAUAUGUGGAUGAUAUACACCCACUACUUCGAUAUCAUGGCAGAAGGGAAAGGAGAUGUGAUGAUCCUGAUGAAUGGAGUGAAGAAGACAAUCAAGAAUGUGCUUUUCGUUCCCGGGAUGGACAGAAACGUGUUGAGUGUUGGUCAGAUGACAAAAGGAGGCUACACAGUAGAAAUAGGAGGUGGUGAAUGCACUAUUAGGGAUGAGAAUGGGAAAGUAUUUGCUAAAACCAUGUGGGAAGAGAGAGGCCUUGCUCUGCGUUUGCAGGUGAUUGAAAGGCAUUCUGCAAGAGAUUGCAGCAACACAAGCAAUCAGCAAAUGAUGGCUACACAUGCUGAGAUAGAUGAAUGUGGAGAAGAAGAGCAUUGUGCAAGAGAUUGCAGCAACACAAGGAACCAGCAGCAGAUGGUGGCUACACAUGCUAAGAUAGAUCAAACGAGGAACGAAAAACCUAAACAUCAAUUGUUAACUGCAACUUUUGGUGAUUUCACUUACGAUGAGGAUAUGUGGAUGUUAUACACCGCUUCUACGGACCACAUGACUCCAUAUGUGAAUUUUUUCACCACUUUAGACAGAAAAUACAGAGCUGAGGUUGAAAUGGGGAACGGAAGCGUUACGAUGGCAGAAGGGAAAGGAGAUGUCAUGAUCAUGAUGAACGGAGUGAAGGUGACGAUGACGGAUGUGCUUUUCGUUCCUCGGAUCAAUAGAAACGUGUUGAGUUUUGGUAAGAUGGCAAAGAAAGGCUAUUCAAUGGAAUCAAGUGGAGGCGAAUGCACUAUUAGGUCUAAGACUGGAAAAAUAUUCGCUACAACCAGGCGGGAUGAAAGAGGCAUUGCUCUGCGUUUGCAAGUGAUAAGGUAA